AAAAAAUAUUAGAUUAUAAAAUAGCUAUAACUUUGUGAUUCUGUUUAGACCAGCAGAGAAGGCCCUGAAGGCCCUGACGGACCGCCACUGAUCAGCAGUCUAAUGUUUUGGUCUCCUCACAGAAAACCCUCAGAGUUGUGUGAUCCACAUCACUCAGCUGGAGAGAGACAUCGUCCUGGUCUGUCUGGACCGUUGUAUAAAGAUGGUAAACCUUGAGGGGAAGCAGAAGUCCAACAAGAAGCUGUCAGCUGAGCUCACCUUCAACUUCCAGAUAGAGUCGAUCGUGUGUUUACAGGACAGUGUUUUGGCCUUCUGGCGUCACGGCAUGCAGGGACGUAACUUCAGAGCUAACGAGAUUACCCAAGAGAUCAGUGACAUGAGCAGGAUGUUCCACCUGCUGGGCUCUGACAGGGUGGUGGUUCUGGAGAGCAGGGCGACAGACAACCCGACUGAACACAGUAACCUGUACAUACUUGCCGGACACGAAAACAGCUACUGAGACCAGGCAACAGUUUGAAUCCAGACCAAACCAAUUAAAACAGUUGAAACCAGGACUAAAGCGGGGCAAAGCCAGAUCCAAACAAGGACCAAACCAGAACUAAACCAGUUAAAACGGAUAGAACCAGGACCAAAUCAGCCUAAACAAGGACUAAACCAAUUGAAAUAGUUAAAACCAGGACCAACCCGGUACCAAACUAGUUCCAAUGAAGUUCUAAACCAGGAGUGGGUUCCUGAAUUAAAGCGGUUCUGCUAGGUCUGACCAGGCCUGAUGUAGACCUGAGGACAAGAGACCAGGUCUGAUGUAGACCUGAGGACAAGAGACCAGGUCUGAUGUAGACCUGAGGACAAGAGACCAGGUCUGAUAUAGACCUGAGGACAAGAGACCAGGUCUGAUAUAGACCUGAGGAAAAGAGACCAGGUCUGAUAUAGUAAAUAGUAAGUAAAGGCUUGUAGCCUGUCUCUUAUUACAUUUGAAUAAGUCACUCUCCACCUGUUACAGGUCUGUCACACCGUGCGUUGAACGAUGAGCUGAAUCACGUUACUGAGAACAAUCACUCACUCAUAGUUAUGAAUGUUCACACGUCUGAUUUUUCAUUUCACAUUUUGUAAAUCUUUUUGUUAUGCUGUGUAAAUACUGUAAAAUAAAUCUUUUGUACACUG